AUGGCUUUCUCCCAAAGGACAGACUGGAGGUUGUUCACUUUAUUGGAGCAACACCGACUUUCCCUCAAGGAAGCAAUGGGGCAAUCUGUUGUUGCCAGUGAUAACUAUGAAAUAUCUAGCCCCGAGGUUCUAAGAACAAUAGAAAAUGUUAUUGAAGAUGUUAUCAUAUGUCUGUCCAGAAAUGAAGCACCUGUUCUAAUCCUGAAAAACAGAUCCAAUUGGGAAAAUAUUCAGUUUAAAGAUUCUGUAGGUUUGCAGUUGGCCACCAAUUGUACCACAAGGAAAAUAAGAUGCAACUGUCCCAAAUCAGCAACAAACUUUGCUCUAUUUCUUAAAAUAUUUUCCAUUGUCUACAAGAUGGUGCAGGCAAAUAUUUAUGCAACUAAAAGAGAUAUAUUCUACACUGAUACAGUACUUUUUGGUAAUCAAAAAGUUGUAGAUGACAUUAUCACUGAUAUUUCCUGUAUGCUCAAGAUACCUAGGAGGAAUCUACAUAUUCUGUCAACCAGCAAAGGACUUAUUGCUGGGAAUCUAAGUUAUAUUGAGGAAGACGGUGCAAAAGUAAAUUGUACCUGCAGUACAACGGCAGCUGUACCAUCUAAUGUUGAAGGAAUGAGAAAUUUGAUCACAGAUGCAAAAUUUAUUCUAAUUGUAGAAAAAGAUGCAACUUUUCAGAGAUUGCUAGAUGACAACUUUUGCAAUAAUAUGGACCCAUGCAUAAUUGUUACGGGAAAAGGUGUACCAGAUGUGAAUACACGACUUUUACUCAAAAAGUUAUGGGAUACUUGCCAUGUUCCUAUUUUUGCCCUCAUGGAUGCUGAUCCACAUGGUAUUGAAAUAAUGUGUAUCUACAAGUAUGGUUCUAUGUCUAUGUCCUUUGAAGCCCCAAACCUUACAGUUCCAGCUGUAAGAUGGCUCGGAAUUCUUCCAUCUGAUUUUGAAAGACUGAACAUACCCAAGACUGCAUUGAUUCCACUGUCUAAACAAGAUCAAAGUAAACUGGCCAGCUUGCAGUUGAGACCAUUUAUUGCUUAUCAGUCAACCUGGAAGAAUGAAUUAGAUAUUAUGGCAACAUGCCAAAUGAAGGCUGAAAUUCAAGCACUGAAUUCUUUUUCAUCUGAUUAUCUUUCCAGAGUCUAUUUGCCAAACAAAUUGCAGUUUGGUGGGUGGAUAUGA